UCUAUUUUUGUUAAAAAUAUAUUAACUCAUAACAAUUAUAUUUUGAGAUUUAAACACAUAUUUAAAGGAAUUCCGAAUUUGUUUUUUACAAAUCAAAUUUAUUUAUUAGUAAUUUAUAGUUUAUUAAAAGAUUUCAUUAAUAAAAUAUGAGAGUAUACAACUCCACCGUUAAACGUAUUUUGGAUUUUGUACCGGGAAAAAAACGUUUUGGACUGUAUCGAUUUCUACCAGUGUUUUUUUGUUUGGGAGCUGCUUUGGAAUACUCGAUGAUAAAUUGGACUGUCGGAGAAACCAAUUUUUAUCGGACUUUUAAAAAACGUCAAGCAAAAAACUACGUUGAAGAGAAACUGCAUCAUAAUACAACAGACACCACUCAAAAUUCCUAAUUAACACCGCUCUUUUUAUCAGGAUGCCAGCCGGUGUGUCGUGGGGUCAAUACCUUA